GGGUUGGGUCAACCUCCGAGGUUUCUUCCGGUCAGAAUGAAGAGGAUUAAUGCUCUCUCUCCCAUUCAGGAUCAUGGCCAGGGAAAUGAUUCAAGUGGCACUCUGGGCAGCGCUGCUUAUCGGCGUGCGUGGAGCCCCACUCUUCGCAGAAGACUCCGACAAUCAGUUCCUGCAGCUCAAAAGACAGAUGUUUUCUCAGGACACCUGGGACCCGAUUCUCAGCCGGAGUUCAUGGGGAUACAGCUUGGCCAAACCGGUCAGUGAAUUCUGGGAAACUGUGAGCAGUAGCACUCUGGGCUACCUGACCCUGGACUUUUCCUCCAUGAAUCCUUCAACUUCCAGGGACCACAUUACCUCUUAAAUGGACUGGAGGGCUGUGAAACCCAGGCGCCCGGCUGAAUGGCGAGAAGAUGCUCUGUAAAAAAAAACAACUGCCCAGAGAGUUUAUUAUUAUCAUUAUUUUUACCUUGACCCUUUCCGUGUCUGCUCUUCGUAGUCAGCUCCCUUCCAGAUAACCUUCGAGACAAAAGUUUGGAGGAAUGGGUCACUCACCUGCUUAGAAGAACUGUCUUCUAAAGACAAUAACGAAUAAUCGGGAGAGGUGUGAAGUGCUUAUUGUAUACCAAAUACAAAGCUUGGGACAGAUAAAUUGCAGGCAGAUCAGAUUGGUCCCUGUCCCACCCGGAGCUCCCAUUCUUAAAGGAAAGAGAGAACGGACAUUGUUUCCCAUGUAACAGAUGAGGAAACUGAGGCACGGAGAAGUUAAGUGACUUCCCCGAGGUCACACAGCGAGCAAACGGCAGAUCCCUAUCCAAUGUUGAAAUUAAAAAUCUAAGCUGCAAGACCCCUGACGUCUGAUUAAGCCUCAUUUGAGACGAAUUUUUUUAAUAGUGCUUACUACGUGUCAGGCACUGAACUAGGCACUGGAAAAGAUAAUAAUAAUAAUUGCGAUUUUUUAAAAAAACUAUCCCAUUGGGAUGCUGUUUCCUCUCAAUCCAUCACGGUAUUUAUUGAGCGCUUACUCCGUGCCCGGUUCAAUAUCCCAGAACCAUCCCCUGAUGAAGGAUCUGUGGUGAACGUCCACCACGGUCUGAGACCUUCCCAGUCUAAGUUGAUUCCCCCAGUCCCCAAACCUGCCCAACUGGGAGUUCCUCUAGCCCUAAGCUGAACGAUGCUCUUACUCCUCAAUUCAGUCACUGAUGGUGGCUCACGUUCCCUGACCUUAGCCACCCCACUGUUCCGUCGGGACAUUUUCUCUGCCUCCGUCCCGUCUUCCCCAGUGGAGUGUGAAGAGAUUCUGUAGACAGAGCGAAGGAGACCAAGCGGGAAAAUGUACUGUCUCGUCCUGCUAAGCCCAUGGGGAUGACGCGCGGAAGAUUUCAUUAGCGAUGUAAGCAGAUGGAGGCAAAGUAACUGUGAGUCUCCGGGAGAACCAAGAUCCCCACCCAAAAUUGUCCCGAAUCCUGGUUUUACACUUUCUCCCCGCUACCAACGGACUACAUCACGAUAAUUUAGAUCGAAAUAACUUCACGAGAGUGGCUGCUGGACAUAUAGGAUGAAUGAAGCCCAGGGUUUUCACGCGUGUCUAUUUAUUUUACUUAUUUCAUUUUGUUUCCUCGGAUUGAUCUUAAAUGUCCGGGGUAAUCUAGCCGGGGAGAGAAUACAUAUCUCCUCCUAUUAUCUUCAAUGACGAUGACAACCGGAAUGAAUUUUAUUCAAAGCAAUCUAGCACCGACUGCUUAAAUAUACAAACCACCCAUCUGAAUCUGAGAUAUUGCCAGAAUCUCUCAAAUUAGAGGCAAAAAAAAAAAAAAGAAAAAGAAAAAAGAGAAAGAAAUGUUUGGAGAUUACAUCCCAAAUUGGAACUGCCUUGGCAGGCAGUUUGAAAGUAAAAAUGCAAUAAAUUAUCUAAAUGUGAAA